AUGUUCGAUAGCAUACUAGACUGCUCGGCCAAGGCUAUAUCCGAGCUCAAGCUCCUUCGGCUCGAGCAAUCUCGAGCUGCCGACGCGCCCCCGCCGCCGCAGGUGGUGGUGGAUGACAAGAGGAGAGUCAAGAAGAUCUUCUCCGGCGACGGCGGCGACAAUGCCAAGGCCAAUCGACAGCAGCGCAAGAGAAGGAGAUCAGCCGAUGACUCUGUGACACUUGAAACGCCUGUUCCUCACUACGACGGCCACCAGUGGAGGAAGUAUGGGCAAAAGCUCAUCAACAACGCAAAUCACCCGAGGAGUUACUACAAAUGCACCUACAAGCAAGAACAGGACUGCGGAGCAACAAAAACAGUGCAGCAGUACCAAGAUUGUGCCGGCACCGAUGACCCCGCCAUGUACACCGUCGUCUACUUCGGCCAACACACCUGCAAGCCGACCGGUAAUGACACCGCCGCCAUCGUCAAGAGAGAGAGCAUAGGCUGUAGCAGUGGCGGCGGCGCCGGCGAGCUCUCACCGAGCGACAGCCAGUGCAGCAACAUUUCGGUGACCUGCACUUCGGUUGUAGUUGACCACCACCAACGGACAGCGUCCGUCGAGAGCAGCUGCAAGCUGCUGGACAUGGCGCCAGACCUGGCAAAUGCAGAGGUCAACACAUAUGAUCAGCUCUAUGACGUGGGUGCAUUUUCACCUUUUGAUUUGGACACGGAUUGGGCAAUAGAUGCACAUGGGCAUGACCUCCUAAAGAAUGGAUAUUGGUAA